GACAGAGGUGAACACAUACUGGAGCUGGUCUCCAACGCUGACUGGGAUUUGCUUUUGGCUUGGACAGACCCUGCAGGCCGGGGGCAGUGGCCUUCUUGUGGGAUUCUACUUGCUGAGUGCAUAUAUUUUAUAAUUCUUCUAACCUGCUGCUGGCGGCUCAAGUUUAACCAGGGCAGGACUUCCUGAAAGAUUUAAACCAGAGGAAUCUGGAUUCACUCUGUGGACUCAGAGGUCAUCCCACUACCCAACAGAGAGGUCAUGUACCAGGCAGCUGUCUCCAAGCGAGCAGACAACACCAUCCCCAGUGGGGUCAUGGAGGAGUCGGAGGUCUGUUCCCUGCCUGGGGGACUUGCAAGCGUGAGGAGACAAUUUGAGACCCAGGAAACUGCAACAUCACACAGUGUAACGCAGUUUCAUUUUCACAGAGCUAUGCAGGAAACGUCAAGCUCAGAGGUGACAGUCUCAAGUGGCAGCAGGCAGGUCAUCCCAGGGAAUCAGCUGCUAGAUUUCAACCAAGAAAUGAUGGUAUCAUACAGCGACAACAACUUUGCAUCCAGUUAUGAAAACCAUCAAAAUGAAGAAGAGGAGGAAUUUCCCAGGUACACUACAAAGGAACUGAGGGAUCACUUUGAAAAAACAAUAGAAGAGGCUGCUCCGCAGAAACCAGUUAAGAUUGGACGCGACAUCAAUCGAUCUAAGUGGUCCUCAAAUGUGACUCAAAACAACACCAUGACUAGUGAGGUGUGCAAAGCAUCUGCCAGCGAAGCAACACAAGGCAGAAUGGCUGCAGUGAUGGAUUAUGAGGACUUUCCGCCCCCACCAGCUGAGGACUCUGACUAUCUUCCACCCCCACCUCCAGACUUACUACAAAUGCCAUCAGACAGUGAGAAUUUUCCAGCUUGCGAAUACUCAUAUGAGGCCCCAGAAGAGGCAAAACCAUCCAAACUCCCACUCAACAAAGAGGCCUACUACAAGCAGAGGAGUAUGUACGAGUUAAAACGUCUUUACAAGCACAUUCAUCCCGAGGUCCGUAAGAAUAUUGAGAAAGAGUACUACAUUGAUUACAAUGAAAAUGAAAACAACCAGGUAGAGAGCCAAGAGUACGUGUCUGAGGAUGACGGCGGUAGUCCCGAUGAUAUCAACGAUGAAGAAUAUGUGGAAUGGGAAGAAAUUCUUCCAGGGGAGGUGCAGGCAAUGCGCUGGAUGUUUGAAAACAAGCCACUGGAUGCAAUCAAGGAUGAAACCCCCGAAGAGGAUGAGGAGGACAAAAAAAUCGCUCAACAGGAAAUGGUUUGGGGGAAAGACGUGAGGCGCACGGCGUGGAUGUUUGAGACCAAGCCAAUUGAUGAGCUGGGCUCAGAAAACACUAAUUCAACAGAAUAUAAAAACAAAUUCAAUAAAUUUGACAAGGGAGACGUCCGUGCUGCCGCAUGGCUUUUUGAAACCCAAACUAUGGACACACUAAACAAAAUGCAGAAAGAGGAGGAUUUGACCAAGGAGGUUGUAUUUACAGAAGAGGAUGGAAAUGCUACAAUUUACAUGAUUGACAAUAAAUACAUGGAAAGCCUUGGGCACACCGAGACUAUUGAUGAGAGCCACCUGCUGAGUCUUCGAUCAGUGUUAGAGGAAAUAAAUGGUGACGUGAAAACUGUAACAAGCACUUUCGACACUCAGUUUCAAUGCAUCAUCAUGGGACAGUCAAGCCAAAUGCUGGAGAUCAAGUCUGUGCGCAAAAUUGAAAGUGAACUGGAGAACUCUAUUGCUUCGCGAUGGCUUUUUGAUACCCAACCUCUGGACAUGACAGACAGGGAAGAAACUUCUUUGAAACUUGUGUGCAGUCUUUCAAUGGAGGACAGCAAUAAGGGGGACUGGGGAAGGUGGUUGUUUGAGAUAAAGACAUUGAACUCUCUCAGUGAGUGGGAAAGCUCCCAAAUGGAGAAAAAGGAGAUCAUGGGAUCCGACGUGCGCAAACACUGCUUAGUGUUUGAAACACAACCAAUGGACUCUCUGAAGGAUGACUCCAACGCUAGACCUCAGUCGAUUGAGGAGGUUAUUGGGGGUAAUGUCAGAUCUGCAAGGCACUUUUUUGAAAGCAGCCCUCAAGUAGCCAGGAAGAACUGCCCUGAGGUUGGAAAACUUAAAAAAGCAACAAUAAACGAAGAAAUUAAAGGGGAUGUGAGGCAUCAAAAGUGGCGCUUUGAGAGUCAGCUUCUGGAAAACAUAAGAGAGGAGAAGAAAGAGGUCACCCGUACUGUGAAUGUGGACGACGACCUCACUCAGGAGGACGGCACAAGCUGCAGGGCAGAUGUUCGCAAGAACUGCUGGGUGUUUGAAACCCAGCCAAUGGAUACUUUAAAAGACGAUUCAAAUGCUCGGCCCCUGUCAAAAGAGGAAAUUAUUGCAGGUAAUGUGAAAUCAGCCAGACAUUAUUUUGAAACGUUUCCAGAGGAAGAGGUGAAGGAUCUGGCAGAGGUGGGUAAACUGAAAAAAGCGGUAGCCCUUGAUGAGGAGAAGGGUGAUGUUAGACAUCAGAAAUGGAGAUUUGAAAGUCAACCUCUAGAGAAUAUCGGAGAGGAAAAGAAAGAAGUCAUCCGAACAAUUGAUGUGGAACAAAUUGACAAAGUGGAUGUAUCAAACUACAAGCAAAUAUUCGAGAGCACAGAUUUGAGCAGGACAAGCGAAUCUCAAAAGAUUCUUGUAGAGGGCGUAACAUCUGGCUCGGUGAAAUCAAAUAAGAACUUGUUUGAGUCUACUCCACUGUAUGCAAUGCAAGACAGCUCAGGACACUUCCAUGAGGUGAAAACAGUGCGCCGCGAGGAGGUUGUGAAAGGAGACGUAACGACAUACAAAUGGAUGUUCGAAACACGACCAAUCGAUCAGUUUGAUGAGACAAUUGAAAAAUACCAAAUUAUUAAAGGGAUAUCCAAGCAGGAAAUAGAGUCUGGUGACGUUAAAACCGCAAAGUGGUUAUUUGAAACGCAGCCCCUUGAUGCCAUUAAGUACUUCAGCAAUAUCGAAGAUGAAGAAAUUGUGGGGACAAAUAAAAACCUUGAAGUCAUGAAGGGUGAUGUGAAAACUUGCAAGUGGCUAUUUGAGACAAAACCAAUGGACAUCCUGUAUGAAAGAGCCGAGUUAAAGGAUGACAAUGAAUCGGAAGAAAUACGUAAGGGAGACGUCAAAACCUGCACUUGGCUCUUUGAGACACAAGCACUUGAUACUAUCCAUGAUGAGACUGAGACAAUUCUGAAGACAUGCACUGUAAAGCAAGAGGACAUUAGUGGCAAAGAUGUACGAAUGGCUUGCUUUCUCUUUGAAACGGAGAAACUGGAGAACCUCACAGGGGAAGAGGAGACGGGCUCAUUUAAGCGUGUCACAGAAAUAGACAUCUCGUCUGGAGAUGUGUCCAGGAUGAAAUACAUUUUUGAAAACCAAACAUCCGAUAUCAUGACUUCUACAUCUGAGGAGGCGAUGCAAAAGCUUAAGAGGGUUCAGACCGAUGAUAUACAGAGAGGAAAUGUUGUGAGCUGCAAACAACUCUUUGAAAACCAAUCCAUAGAUACCAUACAUGAUAGCCAAGAGGAAUUCAUGAGCAGCCGCACAGUGAGCGAUGUACAAGGAGGAGACGUCGAUAAAGGCCGUUUCAUUUUCGAAACCUACUCCUUAGAUAAAAUCCAGGAGGCUUCCUCUGAGACUGACACAGAUCUGAUGAAAAUGCGAAAAAUCGUCUGUGAUGAGGAGGAAAAGGGCGAUGUGAGGAAUUACACUAUGAUGUUUGAAACCCAGCCCCUUUACGCCAUUCAGGAUAAAGAGGGGCAUUACCACGAGGUCACUACUGUCACAAGCGAGGAGGUCACACAGGGAGAUGUUGUGGGAACCCGGUGGUUGUUUGAAACCAAGCCUCUCGAUGCCAUCAAGGACACAGAUGAGGUUUAUAUAAUCAAAUCUGUCACGCAACAGGACGUGCAAAAGGGAGAUGUCACGUCUGCUAAGUGGAAAUUUGAGACCCAACCUCUCGAUAGGAUUGCUGAAGAAAAGAAGCCUUUAAUAAAAACUGUGGAUGACAUUCAAGGGGGCAAUGUUAUAAUGAAUAGGAAUCGUUUUGAGUCUGACUCUUUGUCCCAGGGAUCUGUUAGAACCGUCAAUGUGAGUGAAAUACAAAAAGGUGAUGUCAGGACAGCAAAGUGGAGGUUUGAAACCCAGUCCAUUGACAAAAUUAGAAGCAUGAGCUCUGAAAACCUGAUUGAAACGGUUAAGAAGGAAGAGGUUGCAAAGGGAGAUGUUAAAAAUUCAGUCUGGCUUUUUGAGAAAAAUCCCCUUGACCACAUUAAAGAGGUAGAUGAGGUCGAGGUCACAAACGUAACACAAGAGGAUAUUCCCAAAGCGGAUGUAAAGUCAACAACAUGGCUCUUUGAAACGACACCAUUUGACAACUUUAAUGACACAAAAAUGGAAAGGACUGAAAUUCUGGGGAAGAGUGUCAAAGGAACUCUUGAGGAACUUUAUAGUCAGAAAAUGGUGAAGUCGAAGGGCGUCCUCAUAGAAAGUGACGAAAUUGGUGACGUUAGAAUGGCAAAAUACCAGCUAAUGAAUAAGCAGGCUCCAGAGAUUCAACGAGAGGAAGUCAUCAGGGGGGAUCUGCAGACUAUUAUGAUGAACCUGCUGAAUAGACAGGACAGAAAAGAGCAGCAGAUUGUCAUAGAUUCAGAAGAGAAGGGGAAUAUAACUUCAACUGUGCAGCAACUAUUCAGUCAAGAGAGAGACAGCAGUGCUGAAAAGGAGGAAAUAUUACGUGGUGACAUUCAAGAAGCUCUAAACAAACUUUUCAGUGAGGACCGAUCAACGAAACAUGGAAUACUGAUCCAGGAGGAUGAAAAAGGGGAUGUGCAGAUGACAUUAUACUCCCUCCUGAACAAGCAGGAGAAUGUUAAUGUCGAAAAGGAGGACGUUGUAAAAGGAGAUAUUAAGAGUGCUCUUCAAAGACUGUCUAGCCUGGACAAGUCAGAUCAAGCAGUGAAAAUAAGGAUAGAUGAUGGUGAAAAGGGAAAUGUCAACUUUUAUUCCACAUGCAUUGAAUCUGGGGCUCUCGAUUAUCUUAAACAGCUCCAUUUAGAACCUGAUGAGACUCCACCUGACAGCACAGAAAAAGAGAAGAUUGUUGGGGGUGACAUCAAAGGCACAAAACUCAUCCUUGGCCAAAAUCAAACACAAAUUGAGCGCACUGUAGAGGAUGUUAUUCCAGGUGACGUUCACAACACUGUGAAAGUUUUCAUGUCAGAGGCAAACACCCCAGUGGAAAGACUCCAGAAGGAGGAGAUUGUCAAAGGGGAUUUAAGGGCUGCUUUGAAUUCAUUGUCUGAAUCAGUGAACCAGACAGUCAUCGUGGAGAAAGAGGAGGUGGUGAAGGGCAACAUACCUAAAGCUUUGCGGUGUUUGGAGAGGGCUCAGAGGCAUCACAAGGAGGUGGAGAAGCCCGAAGUCAUACCAGGAAAUAUCAAAGGGGCCCUAAGAUCUCUUGAGAAAUCAGCAACAUCUAGAGUGGAAGCUGUUGUUGAGGAUUUAGUUUCCGGAGAUGUGAGGGCCACACUAAAAUCUCUGGAGCUGGCAAAGCAAGCAGUUAGGGAAGUCGAAAAAGAAGAAAUUGUGAGAGGUGACAUUCAUACGGCGAUGCAAAGUCUACACGACGCCUCCAGUGAGAGAAAAAAGUGUCAACAGGAAAUAGAUGUUCAGGGAGACGUAAGAGGGACUAUUCAGAUGUUUAUGGAGCCACCACCUUCACCGAGGUUGCAAAGGAGCCCGAGCCUUGAGCGUGACAUAAAGGGGGAUGUCAAGAUGUCAAUUAAGUCCUUAUAUGAGACACAGGAGCAAACCCAGCUGGAGAAAGAGGAAGUGAUAAAGGGUGAUGUUAAAGGGACUAUUAAAUCACUGCUGGAAACGGCACAGCGUGAUACUCCCAAAGCCAGGCAUGGAGGAUACAGAAGAGUUAGAGUCAAGCAGAGACCUCCCGUUAAAAAUCUAAAUGCCGAGGCACAGAGGAGCGUUCAGAAGAUAAAGACAGCAAAUGUGACUGAAACAUCAAAAGAAAAUCACUCCAUCUCUAAUGAAACUGAAAUUCUUAGAACAAAGACAAGCACUGUGGAGCAAUCUGCGAAGCAAUCGAAAACUGUGGUUGAGCACAAAACUAUUACCCAAAACCAUGGCAUCAAGACAGUAAAGACAGAGUUUCGUAAUCUUAAAUCUAACUCAAAGGGUUCGAUGAAACAAGGUAAAACCAAAGUGAAAACUGAUGUUUAUGUCUUAAAAUCACAAGAGCCUGAAUUGCCCCUCCCACCUCCACCUCCACCAGUGACAGACGCCGACCUUCCUCCUCCUCCUCCUACUCCUCCACCUCCUCCUCCUCCCUCUGCUGAUACUGACAUCGAUCACCUCCCUCCUCCUCCACCGCCUCUCACUAGCGAGCAGGACUUCCUGCCACCUCCUCCAUCUGAACAGGAACUGGAGAGCAUGCCAGCGCCGGUAAUUCAUCUGGCAAAAGCGAAAAGGAUGACAGUGAAAAAAGUGAAAGCUCCCGUGUUACACCCGGUCCCAAAGCUGGAGCCUAGGGCGGAAUUCAGCAAAAUGCAACAGGUGGAGGGAACAUCUGAGAAAGUGGUGGAAAUGAGCCAAAGUCAUUUAAAAACAAUAACGGACACAUCACGUACUAUUUCAUGUGAAAUCCCUCCGCCGCCAGAAUCCCCACAGCCGUUUAAGAAAGUUCACAUUGCUCCUGUUAAAUUCACUCCUCCUCCUUCUCCUCCACCUUCCACGAGAGGGAAAACAACUAAAUUUACCACACCAUUAAUAAAAGCGGAAGAAAAGUACCGGAAGCUGAAGGAUGAAAACACCCCCCCAACCACUCCAACUCCCACUUUCAUCCAUGACUCAGUUAGUGCUGCUCUUGAGAUGCUUUCCACUACAGACGCAGAGCAGGCAAAUUGCAACACCUCAGAAAUCACGCAGGAGAGGCAUGAAAAGGCGGCAGUGAGUGUUCAUUCAGACUCUCAGUGUGAUUUAUCAAAGCAGGUCGUGAUAUCAAAUACCAGCCAAAGCAAUGCCAGUGCUCACCAUGAGAAAAUGCUAGCAGAGUCUAAAGUGAUAUCUUCUGCUAAACAACAAACUGUCUCCAAUGAGGCUUCUAAGGUCAUCUCUGUUCAAAAGACCUCUUCCGUCUCUGCUGUUAGACAAGAGAUACACACAACUACACAGAAAACAGUGUCUGUUUCCUCCAAACAGGCAAUCACACAGGCAACAAUGAUCGACAAAGUCCAGACCUCAGUUACUGAUCUUGCAAUCGAAAACGAGGAAAAACGAAGGAAAGUCUCUAAAAGUCAAAAAGCAAAGGACUCAGUCAAGUCUGAAAAUAAAAAGGGAGACAAAAUCUCUGCUCAGAAUGUAAAACCUGAUGACCUUUGCAGUCUGUCUUCCCAAAGGGAAGACGUCAUCUCGGACAAAAAUGGAAAGGAGUCCAAAUCAUCACAUUGUGACAACAAGAAUAAAGCUGAUCCUUCUCCGGCCAAGAGCGAAGAACAUGUCUCCGACCAGCCAAUGCAAACAGAUAAGGCAGUUGUGAAUACAAAUGGAAAAACGGGCAAACCGAACCAAAAGGCAAAAAAGAAUAACAAGCAAGAAAAGCAAGUAGAGAAAACAUCCAGUGAGAGUAGUUCACAAAAUCUGAAAGUGGAGGUGAAGGAAGCUGCUGUGGUGAAAGUCGUCAAUGAACCUAAAGAAGUAAAGACAGAAUUAAAGCAGGUGAUUAAGAAAGUCGCUACUGAUGUACCUGCUGUUAUUCAGGACAAUGCUGGCAGUCAGUCAGAAACUCAAACUCCAGCCAAGAAGAAAAAGAAGUCCAAAAAGUCUAAAGGGGGUCAGCAAGGUCAAAGUAAAGAUGCUUUGACAGAAUCGAAGACAGAAGUUAUAGAAAUCAAGAAAUCAACACCUGACAGAACCCACCCAGCCCAGGAAACAAUUGCAGUCGGCCAAAUUUACACAAGUAUGAAAGAAGAGCACAUCCAAGUCAAGAGGGAAGUCAUUACCUCAGAAAGCAAAUAUGAUGAGAGUUCCCAGCAACAAAAAGCAGUUCAAAAGCAUCUAAAGGGAUCUCACAAGAAAGGAGUGACAGUUACCGAGGAGAGCACAAAGGAACCACCAGAAGAAAGUGAGGAUGUCCCAAUUACAGUGACAACCAAGUCAGAACAAAAUGAACUGGUUAAACCCACAACAGGGAAAACGGAGGAACCUCAGAGGCAAGAUGUCCAAGUUUUAAAGUCUUAUGCGACAGAGGUGCAGACUGUUUUGGACCAGGCUGAUUUGGAAAUUGCCAUGAGUCUCCUCGAUACAGUUAUAGGCAGAAAAUGUGAACUGGAAGGAUUUGCAUCAGAAAGUGAAACUAAAAUGAAUGAAGAAAUAGUUUCACAUGUAAGGGAACCAGCAGAGGUUGAGCAAAUGCAUCUAGAAGAUGGAACGAUGGAGAAGCAUGAAUGUGAGCCAGUUUCUGAAAAAGCUGUUUCUGAUGCAGCAACACCAAGAAUAUCCAAGAUCAGCAUUGGCUCCGCUAAAGUUGAGAACCAGACAAAGAGGAAGACCUCACAUGAAAGACAAAAAGAAGAAGUGAGUCAGUACAAGUCUGUCGACCUUCGAGCUCCCUCGCCCUUACUCAGGAUGCGUUCCCCCUCUCCAAUAUUUAUCACCAUCGAGUCCACGCGGAGAACUGACUCCCCCCAGAGAGUCACUCCGUCACCUACCUUGCUGCACAGGCCACCCACGCCUCCAACACCGCCGCCACGUAGGUGUGACACGCCAACAUCACGCCUCACAAGAAUUACACCCUCUCCAACCUUUGACAGAGCGGAGAACUUAGCUCGGCUUAAGGACACAACAGCCAAGCUCUCACGUGGCGUCACCCCACCACCACUACUCCCCCAUCAACUCCUAGAGAAGAAAUCAGAGAUUGUGGAGUCGCCCGCGUCAUUCCAUCGGCAAAUCAAAAUUGAGUCCCAGGUUGUGGAGGCUUUAGAGAUGUUGACUGCAGCAGAAACGCUCAAAAAGAAUUCGUCUGAGGAAGCUCAGAAGGCUGAUGUAAAUUCUGUAGACGAUGGCGCUAAUAUUCCUCUUUCAGUGCAGGCUUUCAGUGCCGAUGAAAUACAAAGUGUGUCUGAGAACAACAUGCCAUUUGGUCAACGUGACUCAGACUUUCUGGAAGCGUCAGAUAUUUCCGAGCUAUCGUCUGCGUCUGUCAGAGAAAAGAGAGAGUUCUUUGAAGAGGCUCGAAAAGCUGAAAUUAAUAAGAUCUAUGUGAGAAAGGAGCCUAUUGCUAUCCCUGAACGACUAGGCCCAGACGCAGAGGACUGUGAGGAAGAAAAUAAGAACAAAGAAAUGGAUGAACUUCCCAGGGCAGACUUGUCAAGUCUUGUAAACAAAUUUGAAUCACAAGAUGAGAAAAUAUAUAUCAGAAAAGAACUUACCCCGCUCACAGAGUGCCUCCAUGAUGACAAUGAAAUCAGAGACUGUGACAAAGAGGAAGCAGGGAUCCUGGAACAGGAAAUGCCAACUUUUGACAUCCAGGCUAUUAAAAAUGUUUUUGAACUGGAUGAGCAAAGUUCCUCAGCUGGAGAAGAGAAAGGGGAUGAGGAGGAGCUUGUGUCAAGCCUGAGUGAAACAACAGUAGACACUUCAAAGCAGGAAAGUCCUCAAGAGACAAGGGGAGGCUCAAGGCAGAGCACUCCCCUCCCUCUGCAGAGAGACGAGGUAGGAACUGUGCCAGGCAAACCGUCGGGCUUCUCUGAAACCAAAUCAAUCACGGAACAUUUCUCAAAUGUGGAUGAAUUUGGCAACAAGGUCAGCGGAACAAGAACAGCUGUCACUGAGCAUUCAGAGAGCGUGUCAAGCCAUCAGGCUCCUUUUUCCUAUGCUGACGCAGUUAAAAGAAAGGCUGCAGCAGUGAGGGAAACGGAGACAUAUGAUGAAGAUGCUACGGAAAAGUUGCUGAGGAACUUUCACAAAACGUGGACAGAGAGUGAGACGGUGUUCAAGAGUCUUGGCUACACUGUUUCUGAGGAGACAACAUCUCAGGCUGUGUCACAUCAGACGAUAGUCUCAUCUGGUUCGUGUUCCAAGGUCGGAGCUCUGCACUGUAUGUCGGAGGAGAGCUUAUCCGAUGGAUGCUCUGAUAGUGGACAAAAAAAAGUACCAUAAAUCCUGUUUCUGCUGUGAGCACUGCAGAAAUAAGUUAAGCUUAGGAAAUUACGUCUCUCUCCAUGGACAUUUCUACUGCUUGCACCAUUACAAACAACUCCUCAAGUCUACAGGGAACUACAAUAAUGAACUUGUGCAGAAGCCUCCCGCAGGAAGUGGCAGACCUUUCCCCUCGGAUGACAAACUUGAAUGGAGAUAUUCCAUGAGCAGCAUAAGUUCAGCAGACAAAAUGCAAAGUGGUGAGAACGAAAUGACAAAACCACUUGAUGAAAGCAAGUCACACUGCAACAAAAUAUCUGUAGUUUGGCCCCCACAGGCCGACCCCCCGAAGAAAACCUUCCAAAUCGAGGAAGACAUUCAGCUAACUAAACCACAGUGGCCCCCUCCUGACAACUCCCCUAGGUCUCCCACACAGCAACACAGAAAGGCUGUUCCCAGAAGUGUCCUUUGAAAUUAAGUCACCCAGAGGUUAGUCAGAUACACUCAAAGAGGCACAAAAGACUGAAUGGUACAAUGAGAUACUAGCAAAGGACUGUCCUGUAGGGACAAUUAAGGAAGUGUUUGGUUAAAGGUCGUAGAGAUAAGUGAUUUUGAAGAGAACGCGACAAGUGAGACUAUGAAAGGAAACUGUGUGCGUGCAUGUAAAGGGUAUACAGCAGAAGGUUGAAACAGUAAGUGCUAGGGAAGAACAGACAAAGUGUAGAAAGAAGCAGGGUGCCUUGAACUGAUGGAUUCAUGAAAUGUGUAGUUCUGAAUUGAUUGACGCUUAUUUCCCCUGACGAUCAGAAGCGGCUCUGAUGUACCAUUGAGUAUUUUACAUUUCAAGAUCAAAUUUACCCAUUAAAUCCAAUUUUGGCUAUUUGUUUAGCACUUAGAAACAUAAAUUUGGUUGGUUCUAAUCUACAUUUCACUUUCCAUGUCAUGGGUGCAGUCAAUUUUAAAUCAGCUGGGUAAUAAAUCCUUACAGAUCUCACUGCUGUUGAAUGUCACAGUACAAAAGCCACCACAAGACCCAGAUUUGGUUCCCUCCGUUUUUUUUUUUACGCUAAAAUUAGCUGAUUUAUCAUCAUCCUCCAUCCUUACCACCACAUGUCAGUUCAGUGAAAUAGUCCAUGGACUUUUGUAUUAUUUUGUCAGCGCUUUUACUUUUCAACAUACCAACAUUUUUGCAUUUGCCUGUUAUUAGCACCUGGUGUGCACAUUUCUAAAAGCAUCCUGGAAUUAUUUUAUUUAUAAUAUUGGAAGUAUAUAAUAUGGUGAUAUGGAUUUGGUGAUAAUCAUGUUUGUUUUGGACAUUUGUAUCCUAUUUUGAACAACAACUAUUUUGCAAUGAAGAAUUUUAUUUUUUAGAUUAGAUACCUUGCUUUGUACAAGAAAAUUCCUGAUGAUGUCGUGCUGUCAGGCUGGUUCACUUACUUUAUUGCUGAUCUAAGGGCAAUAAAAUGUUGAAUAUCA